CUUGAUACAAACAAACAAACAUCAUUCUCUCCGACGUUGGGUUCUACAUCUAUCGCCACCGCGAAGACCGUCUCCUCCUCCGCAAUCUUCAAAACCUAAAUCAACCCUCUUCGCCUGGUGUUUAAGCAAUGGGAAAGAGGAAAUCAAGAGCAAAGCCUGCUCCUACCAAGCGAAUGGAUAAGCUUGACACAGUCUUUAGUUGUCCUUUCUGCAAUCACGGGUCGAGUGUUGAAUGCUCUAUUGAUAUGAAGCAUCUGAUUGGUAAAGCAACUUGUAGAAUCUGUGAAGAACAGUUUAGUACUACUAUCACAGCUUUGACUGAAGCUAUAGACAUCUAUAGCGAAUGGAUCGAUGAGUGCGAGAGGGUUAAUACUGCAGAAGAUGAUGUUGGGCAAGAAGAAGAAGAAGAAGAAGUAGAAGAAGAAGAAGAGGAAGAAGAAGAGGAGGAAGAAGAUAACCGUGUCUCAAGCAAAAGGAAGUAUAAUUUCUGAGCCAGAGUCUUUUAUCGAAAACUAUGUACUGUAAGUUGUUUUAGAGUUAUCUGCCUUAUGUUGUAAUAUCUAUCUGAGGAAAUCACAAGAACAAACUUUUGUGAUUUCUUAAGUGUCUGAUAGAGAAACAUAAUAACAACAGUGUAUGAUGGUUUGUAAGUGGAUUAAGGCUUUGCUUAA